AUGAAUGAAAGGAUAGAGUUCAAGGUGCCUGGGAAGGUGAUUAUAAAUGGAUCGUACAUAGUACUGAGCGGAGAAACAUGUAGAGCAGUAGCACUCAAAACAUACAUUGUGUGCGAAGCAACCAGGACAAUGCCAGGCGAGCCAAAGAUAACGAUGGAGAUAAAUGGAAAAGAGAAAAGCACAUAUUAUCAUGAUGGCCGUGGGUACGAUGCCAUAGGUGAUUCCUGCUAUUUACUUAGGACUGCCGACUGCUUUUUCAAGGUCACCGGGGUUUCGCCUAAAAGCACUAUACACAUUAGAAUGAGGGCCGAGGAAGGCUUCUUUGCCGGCAAAGCUGCGGGAGAAAAGACCGGGAUUGGGUCUUCGGCCUGCAUCCUUGUGUCCAUAGUGUAUGCCCUUCUGAGAUUCCACCAGGAUGACUUCAGGGAGAUCGUCUCGAAAAACGGCUUCAACGGGCAGGAAAAGUCCCCUAGCUUUCAAGGCGACCUGAAAUCGUGGCUAAGACAUCUUUCCUUGGAUGAGGAUGUUGUGGAGUACAUCUUGCCCAUAACAUAUCUGGUGCAUCAGAAGGUUAAUCAGGAAGGUUCUGGAGGGGAUGCAAUGUGCUGCCUUCUAGGGUCUAUAUACUUCAACAGGAAGACAUGCGUCCCGAUGGAGAAGAUUCCCCGACAUGUUGUUCUUGGGUCAUUUGGAAAAAGCACCUCAACAAAAGAAAUGCUCAAAAAGGUCGACCUUGAAGAUCCUAGAUGGGUGUCUCUUAAGGCCAUUAACCUCAAGAUCAACGAAGAAAGAGGCUGCCCAAGAAGCUUGUACAUGGAGUAUUUGGGUGCCAUGAAGGACAUAGGCAUGGAUAUAGUUCCUAGGAGGCAGUACGAAAUAUUGAUUAAGACUAACGAAUAUGAUGUUUGGGGAUGCGGGAUUUCUGGAGCAGGGGGAGAUGAUUGUGUAUGGGCUCUAUCUGAUGAUUACAGAGAUGUACACAGAUAUUGGAAAGAGGCCUUUACCUUUACAUUUGUGACUGAGGUGUCUUACAAGGGAAUUCAUUUAAUAUAA